CCUGAAUCGGCCUAAAACCGGGCAUGAACCGCAAAUUCACCAAAUCAAAAUAAGAGCCAGAAACUAACACCGGCAGCCGGCAGGAUAUUUUGUUCCAUCCAUAGAUAAGAUGAUAAACUAGGAUUCAUAAAAACCUCCAUAACCCUCUUUUCGCUUCCAAAAACUCCCCACCAAAAAUGGCUGGUCUGACCAGCACUUUCCAUCACCCUUGCAAAUCCAAUCUCUGCAAACCCCUCAAGCCCUUAUCUUUCCACCUCCGCAUUUUUUCGCUGCGCAUCAGUGCUCCCACUACCGGCGGUUGCCUCUCCAAUUCCACAAUUCGAACCACAAUUUCCGCCCGUUACGGCCGCGGCGGUACCUUUCAGAGGUCCCAACCUAGUUAUGAAGAUGAUGAUGACGAUGAAGCCCUCGACAUCUCUUCCAUUAGUUCGGAUACUGUUAGACUUAUCGAUGAGCAGCAGAAAAUGGUUGGGAUAAUACCCAAGGAUCAGGCUGUACAAAUGGCUAAUGAUGCUAAGCUUCAGUUGGUGAUAUUAUCUCCAGAUGCAGACCCUCCUGUUGUUAAAAUAAUGAAUUAUGAUAAGUAUAGAUACAAGCUGCAGAAGAAGACAAGAGAUCAACAGAAAAAAACUGGCCGCAUGGAACUGAAGGAACUCAAGAUGGGCCAUGAAAACCUAAUAUUUCAUAUUCCUGAUAGCCUUUACCCCUCUGGCAGUUACAAUAUUGAUGUACACGACUAUUCUGUACGUCUGAAAGCGGCUCAGAAGUUCUUGAAAGAUGGUGACAAGGUCAAGGUCAUAGUAAACUUGAAGGGGCGUGAAAAGGAAUUCAGAAAUAAUGCUAUUGAGCUUGUCAGGCGCUUCCAAAGUGAUGUUGGGGAGCUGGCAGUUGAGGAAGCUAAGGAUUUUCGGCAAAAGAACAUUUUUAUGAUAUUAUCACCCAACAAGGCAGUUGUACAAAAGCCUCGAGAACCACCGAAGAAAAACGAUAAUGCCGUGGCUAAUGAAGUUUCAGCUAGUGUGAAUUGAGUGUGUCCAGGCAAUUUUUGUCCAAAUUUUUCUGAACUUCAAAAUGUUUUCUACUAUCCUAGGAUCCUAUGAGAUCCUAUGCUCCUGUAUAGAGAGAAUUAGUGAGAAAAAAGAUGUACAAGAAUGGUUUGCCUUAACUAUGGAUUACAUAAAGGACAGCCACUGUAGUUGAGUAGAAUUUCAGCAGAACCUCCUUGGCACGAAGCUGGCUAUUACUUCCUGGCCACAAUGUAUUAUGAUCUCUGGAUCAGACUACCGGAUAAAAGAAGAUAUAAGUGGUGAUCAUGAGUAUUCCAAAACAUAUUUUGUAUUUUAAGCUCUUUUUGUUGGUUAGGGUUUGUUUCAAGUAUUGUAGAUGGUUUUGCCCAAUGUUUUACAGUCCGUCUUCUGCAGUGUAUUAGGUUUUGGUUUUUGCAUUUCGUAGUGUACUGCUUAAACUAUUUGAGCUUGCUAGUUUUGGUUUUUGCAUUUCGUAGUGUACUGCUUAAACUAUUUGAGCAAGCAA